CCUAUGCCCAUGCAAUCCAUGACGCCUGCGGCGAACGUUGGAGAGCAGUACAGAAACAACAUGAUGGCGCAGUGCGCCCAAGGACAUCACGAUCCUAAGACGAAGUACGGAGUGCCCGGGAUCAUCGGUGCCAUCGUCUGCUUCCCGUGCGGAUUGCUAUUCUUGCUAUUUGACAAGGAGAGACGAUGCGCUCGUUGCGGCGAGAGGCUUGCUUAA